AUGUGUUUGGUUAAGAAGAGAAAACAACGAUUAAAUCUUCAUAAAAGAAGAUAUGGAUCAUAUGGAUCUAUACGAUUUAAUUAUGAUGGAAUACGAAGAAGUACUCAACAGAAAUAUCAUCCUUUUAGUAUUUCUAACAGAACUAAUCCACUAAGUAUUCGUCCUUUUGAUAAUUCUAGGAGAGUUGAUAGUUCAAAAUAUAAACCAUUUAGUACUUCUAAGUAUGAUGGUGGGAAAAUAUUUGAUAAAGAAAAAAUAAAGAAGUAUAUUCCAUCUUUACCAAAUGUAAAGAAAGUAAUUGAUUCUGAAGAUUUACAAAGUAAAGUAAAAGGUGUUAUUGAUGUAGUUGAUAAUUUUAUUGAAGAGAAGAAACCAGUAACAAUUAUUAAAGAUUUUAUAAAAGAUAAAUUUUGGGAAAUGACAGAUGGUAAGAGUCUUUUUGAUCCAUCUGCUCGUUUAGAUGUUUCAUUGAUUCGAGGGAUUGUUGAUGGAUAUAAAAAAUAUGGUUCGAGAUAUUUUACUGAUAUUGCAAAAGCUUUUGGUGUUUCUUCCAUUUUUAAUAUUAAAGAAUUCAAAGAGUUUAAUGAGGCAAUAAAAGGAAACAAUUUAUAUAAAUAUUUGGAAAAGAGAUACAAACAAGGAGAUUUAUUUGAGAAGAAUACUGCACUUGAAUUAAUUAAGAUGGCAAUUCAGAAUAGACCUGAAAUUGUUGAUAAAUAUAUUUCUACUAUUUUUGGAGAGAAAGAAUUAGCUUUGUAUUAUCUUACUCAUCCUGAGGAUAUAAAUUUGACAUUACCCGUUUUGUAUAAAGGAAAAGUUAUUCGUGUUAAUGGAAAUUGUUUUAAAACAACACCAGAAGGGGAAAAAUGUUUAGAUUCAUCAAUUGUAGAUCAAAUGUCUGGUGUUCUUGCUCCUUUGGCUAUACAAAAGUAUUUGGAUGCUAUUAAACCGAUUAGUGAUAUUGUUGUUGAUAAAUUAAAUGAUUUGACUAAUCAACAUAAAUUAAUGGAUGAUGAUUUAGACCAAUUGAAUUUUAGUCAACAAUAUAUUAGAAGUGUAUUACCACCUGAAUUAUGGAAGAGAAUCGAGAAUGUAGCAUUUGAACCAAAUGUUAUGAGAAGAUAUGAAAGUUUGCAAUAUAUUCCAGUACCAGAAGCUAUUAGUACACAUUCUUCUGAUGAUUAUUAUCAUAAAAUUCAUAUUGGUGCAAGAACAAAUAGAAGUGAUAAUAAAGGUACUAUCUUUAAACCAUCUGAUUUUGAAAGAAGAGGAUUACAUCAAUAUUUAUAUAAACAACCUCAUUUUAAUAAAGUACAAAGCGGACAAGAUAGAUUUGAAGUAAUGAAGAAUGUUUAUAAACAAUUAAAACAAUGGGGAAUAAGUGAUAAACGUGCUGAUUAUGAAAAGGUAUUACUUAGAGUAUCACCUGAUGAUGAUAAAAUUAAUCAUUUUAAAACAAUAAAUGGAAAAAUUAAAUUUUAUAAUAAAUAA